GCUGUUACGAAAAGACAAAAGGAAAAAAGAAAAGAAAAGGAGACAGAGAUCCUUAUCAGUUCAUAUUCUGUGGUCAUAUGUUUUAAUCCAACAGGCAAACUUUUAUAAAUCAAUAUUGAAAUUUCAUUAAAAAUUUGUUUGACAAAAAGUCUUGCUUAGGUUUACGGUGGGCUUUAUUUUAUUACAAAAGCCAAAUACAAACCAUCACCGUCUGAUUCUUUGACAUCAAGAGUAUUAGGCGAUGGAUUAACCUAUCAGUAUUUAAUUUUUGGUCAUUAUACAAAUAUACGAUGAAUUUUCCCCAUUUUUGCAAUAUCCACUCUCAUCCAAAAGAAAAAAGCUUGUAAUAAGAAACGUAUUAACUCGAAAAUUGUGAUCUGAGAUUUGAUCACAAUACCCACUUCCCUCGAUUUCACAAAACCCUUAACGACCAAUCAAAAACUGAAACACCCAGAUUUUGUUUUCUUCAAAUUUCUCAACUUUUUGAUUAUUGAACUGCAUUUGACUUCAAUUUGGUUGGCGCCGCCCCAACAGCUGCUUUUUGAAGUGGGAUUUUUGUUGUUGUGUUGUUUUUUAAGUAAUGAAGGUAUAGGUUUUAUGUUUCUGUUUUUGAUGAUUAUCAUUUUAUAUAGUUAAGUAAAGUUUGAUGAGAGGAGUGAAUUGGGGUUGUUAAUAAAGAAAACAAUGACCGGAGGGUCAUUGGGGAUUCGUUCUGGGAGUUAUGGGUCUUUGGACAAACAGCUGCAAAACGGGGUUUUGCCAAUUCAAGCGCUUUCAGCAACAAGAACUAAGCCUUCUAAAAUGUUUAAGGAAAAGGAGACAUUGGUUCAUUGGAUCUGUAAGUUCGCUGGCCGCAAAAAGGUUGGAAUGCUGCUCCUCUGUGUCAUAUCCGCUGCCGUUUUUGUUUGGGUCUUGUAUGUUGGCAAAGGUGAUGAUCAGGAAAGUGACAAUGUCCCUAAGCUAAAUGAUAAUUUGCCCCUAAAUAAUUCUGGAUCUCCCCUGAUAAAUGAAGUGCAACGUAUCAGAAUAGACAAUUGGACGUCUUUACCAGUCAGUGUUGAAGGAACUGAAGUUAGGGUAAUGCCUCCUCCUCCUCCGUCAUAUUUUCUAGGCUACACUCUUCCUCCAGGGCAUCCAUGCAGCACUUUUAGUUUACCCCCUCCACCAGCAGACAAAAAAAGAACAGGACCACGUCCUUGUCCUGUAUGUUACCUUCCUGUGGAGGAAGCUGUUGCAUUGAUGCCAAAAGUCCCAUCAUUUUCUCCAGUACUUAAGAAUUUAACAUAUAUUUAUGAGGAAAAUUUAAAUAAAGAGACAGAAUUUGGAGGUUCAGACUUUGGUGGGUAUCCUACUUUGAAGGAGCGGGAUGAUUCAUAUGACAUAAGAGAGUCAAUGAAAGUGCACUGUGGAUUUGUCAAAGGAAACAAACCUGGCCAUAGGACAGGAUUUAACAUCAAUGAUAAUGAUCUUCUUGAGAUGGAGCAAUGUCAUGGAGUGGUUGUUGCAUCAGCAAUAUUUGGAGCUUUUGAUAUCAUACAACAGCCAAAGAAUAUUAGUGAAUAUUCCAAGCGGACUAUCUGCUUCUAUAUGUUUGUUGAUGAAGAAACAGAAGCUGACUUGAAAGCUAAGCAUGAGAGUAAAAAGAUUGGGGUAUGGAGAAUUGUUGUUGUGCAUAAUCUUCCUUACUCUGAUGGAAGGCGCAAUGGAAAGAUCCCAAAGCUUCUACAACAUAGGCUAUUUCCCAAUGCUCGUUUUUCUUUGUGGAUUGAUGGGAAACUUGAGCUUGUUGCUGAUCCUUAUCAAAUUCUUGAGAGGUUCUUGUGGAGAAAAAAUGCUACUUUUGCAAUUUCUAGGCAUUAUAAACGCUUUGAUGUGUUUGAUGAAGCUGAGGCAAAUAAAGCUGCUAGUAAAUAUGAUAAUGCCUCCAUUGACAUUCAGGUCGACUUUUAUAAAAAAGAGGGUUUGACCCCAUAUUCCAAGGCUAAACUUCCUAUCACAAGUGAUGUUCCUGAAGGAUGUGUAAUAAUAAGAGAGCAUGUUCCUAUUAGCAACCUCUUUACGUGUCUUUGGUUCAAUGAAGUUGACCGUUUUACUUCCAGAGACCAAAUUAGUUUUUCAACCGUAAGGGAUAAGAUUGCGGCAAAGACAAAUUGGACUAUAAAUAUGUUCUUGGACUGUGAGAGGCGCAACUUUGUCGUUCAGAAAUACCAUAAGGAAGUUUUAGAUUAUUUGGCUCAGAUGGCUUCUCUUGCCAUUUAUCCUCCACCGCCACCACCAUAUUUGGCCAAUGAUCCUCCUAGGAUAUUUUCAGGUGAAACAAUAGUUACUGCUCCACUCAGGAAGGUCUCACCAAGACGUGGAAGAGAUCGGAGGUCAGGUUCUAGACGACGUCGCAAAAUUGUCAAGGCAAUGGUUUCAAGUUAAAAGGUUUUGUCGAGGCAAAUUACCAUUCUUUUUCCUCCCCACUUUCAGAAACAUUCAUGGCGGGGUUGGAAGAUCAUGCAAGAUUGUUGUAGUUCAGAAAAAAAAAAAAAAACAGUUCAUCCAAAAUUUUGUCUUUUUGUCUUUUAAACUUUGGCAAUUGUUUAUUUUCAUUAAUUUUUUUUGUUGUAUAUAAAAUAUAGUCCCAAAUUAUUUUAAUUAUUAGUAAUAUAUAUGGGUUACCACCAAAAUCCUCCUGC